GAAAAAUCAGGAACCAUUGAACUGCUAUUUUGACAGCACGGGUCUUAUUUCUUGAAGCACAGAAAAUCUGUACCUUGAACAUUAACAUUACAUUAAACUUACUCAGGAAAAAAUAUAAGUUAGAUCAUGUUUAAGAUCUUAGUUUUACGUCGUAGCGUCCAAGGACCAGGUUGGAUUACGCUGAAAGGAUGUCAUUCCGUUUCGUCCUUGAGGUCCAGCUGUGGUAAUAAAUUGAUGAAUUCAGACAGUGCUAAUGUUAUCAAUGAUCUAUCGACAUACGCUCAGAAGACCUACAGAAAUUCCAUACAGUUGAAGACAUAUCGUCAUGAAGCCAAGAAAUGUUAUUCAUCUGCAAAGACUACUGUUAGAAUUGGAUGUGCAUCGGGUUUCUGGGGAGACACUGCAACCUCUGUCCCACAACUCAUAUAUGGAGGGAAGCUGGAUUUCUUGGUAUUCGAUUAUCUCUCAGAAAUUACCAUGUCCUUGCUCACAGCUGUCAAAGCUAAGGUUCCUACUAUGGGAUACGCCCCUGAUUUUGUGCAAGCUGCCAUGGCUCCGUACAUCAAGGACAUCUAUUCAAAAGGGAUCCGUGUGAUCAGCAACGCGGGGGGCGUGAAUCCCCUGGCGUGUGCAGCGGCCUUACAGGAAGUGGUGCAGAAAGCUGACCUCAACCUUAAAAUUGCCGUGGUAACUGGGGACGACCUUAUGCCACAGAAGGACUCAUUGUCAAAAUUUAGGAUGGCUGAUGAUGAAAGUUCAAAACCCCUUCCCAAAGGCAUUCACAGCAUGAAUGCAUAUCUUGGUGCCUUACCCAUAAAGAGGUGUCUGGACCUUGGUGCAGAUAUAGUAGUGACCGGCCGCUGUGUGGACAGUGGAGUGGUGCUGGGGCCUCUGAUGCAUUCGUUCGGGUGGAAACAGACCAGCUAUGACUUGCUGGCUGCUGGAAGCCUUGCAGGUCACCUGAUCGAGUGUGGCGCUCAGUGCACCGGAGGGAUAUUCACAGACUGGCACAAGGUCCCAGACUGGGACAACAUGGGCUUUCCAGUGGUGGAAUGCUCUGCCGAUGGGUCGUUCGUACUCUCCAAGCCACCGAAGACGGGAGGCCUGGUGUCCUUCGGAACGGUGGCGGAGCAGCUGGUGUACGAGAUCGGGGACCCUCAGAGCUACCUCCUUCCCGAUGUCACGUGCGAUUUCUCUCAGGUCACCAUCACCGAAGUCCCAGGUGUGGAUGGAGGAGCAGUGAAGGUGAAGGGCGCAAGAGGGACGCCACCAUCUGGUGACUACAAGGUCUGUGCCACAUACAUGGACGGCUUCAGGGCCACUGCUGUGUGCCCUGUGGGAGGCCCAAGGGCUGUGGACAAGGCUAGACGAACAGCGGAGAGCAUCAUUAAAAGGACACAGAAAAUCUUCCGAAAGCUUGGCCUGGAGGACUACAGUGCUGUCAACAUUCAGGUUCUGGGUGCUGAAGACACCUACGGACCUAAUGCCAGUAACAGAAGUGGGUCCCGCGAGGCAGUUGUAUGGCUGGCUGUGCAACACAAACUGAAGAAAGCCUUGGAGAUUUUCUCCAGAGAAGUAGCUCCUGCAGGCACUGGCAUGGCCCCUGGACUUACAGGAAUAGUGGGCGGCCGACCAAGAGUGUCCCCUGUGCUGAAACCGUUCUUUUUCCUGUAUCCUAAAUCAAAUCUGAAGGUAGAUAUUCAUCUCAAUGGAGAGUUUACAGAGACAUAUGAAGGGGAGGAUCUGUUUCUACACGAAAAUCAAUUUAUACCUCACAGGCAAGAGGAAGAGUGCGACGCACUUCCAGAUUUGCCCAUUGGCCCACACAGUUACAGACUGGAAGAGCUAGCCUACACCAGGAGCGGAGACAAGGGUGACUCCGCCAAUAUUGGUGUGGUAGCACGACACCCCCUCUAUUACCCGUACCUGAAGAAAGCGCUGACGGCCCAAGUCGUGGAGGAGUACUUCCAGCACCUCAUACAGAAAACCGACAGCCACAUGCCCUCAGUCUCCCGCUUCGAGCUGCCAGGGAUCUACGGCCUGAACUUCGUCCUGAGGAACUCUCUGGGCGGGGGAGGGGUGGCGUCUCUUCGCAGUGACCCUCAGGGCAAGGCAUAUGGCCAGAUGCUGCUGGACUAUAAAGUAAAGGACUUACCUGAUCUAAAGUCACUGGUGGACUGAACUGAAAUCGACGGCUGGUCGGUAGUGUCGUGAUCUGAACAAGCUGUUGAAUAUUACUGGACAGGGGUCCUUACACUUGUGCCUUUUGUCACAAAAAUGGCCUUAAACGUGGCAGUGUGUUGAUGUGUUUUUCUUCAGGCAUGGUGCUUUCCAAUAAUUACAAACCUCUAGCAGAAAUUCUCUGUCAGAUGCAAUGGCCAAACUCACAGAUAAUGCCAAACGGGACUUUGUCAUUGAUACAAAUGAAAUUAAAUGUGCACCACAGAAUAUGCAGUGCUUCAUUUGUUACUGUAUCAGGGUCCAUCUACUGUAAGCGGUUAACACUGAGUGAUUCAAACUCCAACUUGUUCAAGUAAGGCUCGGAACUUAUUUGUGAUAAUUGAAUGCAUUUAAAUGAAUCCAGACGGAAUUUAAGAUUUAACAGUAUUUGUAGAAGAGAGACUAACUUGUGCUUCCUAGGGAGGUGAAAAUGACUUACAAUGUAGAAGAGAUAACAAGGCUUUUCUAAAUACAGCAAAGGGAAAUUACCACUUCUCUUGUAAAAUAAUAAAGAAUUUAGAAAUUUC